UUACAAGUAACAAAAAUACAGUUCUCAUUCAGAUAUAAUGAGAUUUAAUUAUUUGGAAUACUUGUAUUUUGAAAGUGAUUCUAUUUCUAUGGUGAGAACUGUAUUAAGCUAUGGCUAACCUAAAAGAAUGGGAACGUAUGGUUUAAUAAGCAAAAGGAUUUUAAUAGUAAGCCUAUUUAAUUAUAUACGCUUACAUUUUAUAGGCUAAUGAUAAAAAUAGAACCUUGUGUCCCUCCAUAUUAAAUGCACACAUAGCCUAUAAUAAAACACCGUGCUACUCCACCAUAACUGCUUUAAGAUGUGAAUCUCCUAGAACACCUAUUUUACAUGAACAAAGUUACAGGGCGAUGCUUGUGCUGAUUACAGGACGGUUACUCUGAAUUAAAGGGGAUGCGAGACAAGAGGUUGGGUAGCCUACAGAGGCUCGAUGGAUCUAAGAAUAUGCGGGGGUUCGGGGAGGAGCGCUCCCUCAAAAGCGAGUGUCACUGUCGGGUAUGAAACAGUCCAGCCUGAGCAGAGCAGCGACCAAGCAAGCAGGGCGCAGCAUCAGAGAUUCAAGAAACUGCAACUACAGGAAGAGGCGCUAGGAGGCCCGAGCAAGGCAGCUAAAAAACCUCAACCCAGAGGAGCGGUGCCUGUGGAUGGACAGUGCAGGCACCCAUGGCAUCACAGGAGCUUGUGGAUGCGAAAGACUCUGCAGCUAAUAGUCUGAACCCAGGAAUGGAGGCUGGUGCUGCGCCCAGCAAUGGUAAAAACUGUCCUGUCCACACACCUGGGGGAGAGGAUACAAAGAGGGGCUUUCGGAAAGGCAUAGGGAGGCAUAAUGAUUACGUGAAGAUUUCCGUGCCAGAGUCCAAGAUAAAUCGUCUGCCCAUGGAGUGGUGGAAGACAGCAUUGGCCUUCUUUUAUGCUGGCUUUAACUUGGUCCUGACAACAGUCGUCAUCACUAUAGUCCACGAGAGGGUCCCCCCCAAAGAAAGCAGCCCGCCACUUCCUGAUAAGUUUUUUGACUAUAUUGACAGGGUCAAAUGGGCAUUUACAGUGACAGAGAUCAAUGGCAUGGUGCUGCUGGCCAUUUGGAUGAUCCAGUUGUUCUUCUUCAGAUACAGGUCAAUAGCAAGCAGGCGGUUCUUCUUCCUCAUUGGCACCCUGUACUUGUACCGCUGUGUCACCAUGUACAUCACCACCCUGCCUGUGCCUGGCAUGCAUAUGACUUGUGCUCCUAAGCUCCACGGAGACUCCCAUGCAAAAAUGCAACGAAUUCUACGUCUGAUUUCAGGUGGAGGUCUGUCUAUGACAAACUCCCACCUCUUGUGUGGAGACUUCCUUUACAGUGGACACACUGUGAUGCUCACCCUCACCUACCUAUUCAUCAAGGAGUACUCGCCGCGGUCGUUUUGGUGGUACCAUCUGAUGUGCUGGCUGCUGAGUGCCGUGGGUGUGGUGUGCAUCUUGGUGGCACAUGAGCACUACAGUGUGGAUGUGGUCGUGGCCUAUUUUAUCACCUCCCGCCUGUUCUGGUGGUACCACACCAUGGCCAAUUUACAGACUCUGAAAUGCUCGCCCAACAACUACCUCACCAACACUUGGUGGAACCCCCUGUUCAACUUCAUGGAGAGGAACGUCCAAACCUCGGUGCCAUGCUCUUACAGUUGGCCCAUCACCUGGCCCCCUGCCUGCCUUAAGAACCCCUGCAAGAAGUACUCCAUGGUACAGAGCACACGAGAGGAGUGACGUGACCCUGAUAUCCCUGUCUACUGGACAGGAACGUAAUGAUACCAAAUGCAUAGCAAUGAAAGAAAUGUCUCUGCAAAAAUGAAGUCAAUCAUAUUGUCUCUCUGUGUUCUUUGAUGUUAUUAUUUAUGAGAAGUCCUGCAAAGUCGUCAUUGUUUUUGUAACCCAGCUCCUAGUGAACUUAGACAUGAACGGACAGUUUGCUGCAACAGACUUGCAGGUUUGUUGCAGCAUUUGCAAGAUUUGAUUUGAUUUGAUUUCGGGACCCGUUCAGUUUAUUUGACGUUUUUGCAUUGGUCUGGCGUUGAGCUUCGGGUCCCCUGGUGACCCUCGCGUACUAUGUGAUGUCAUUUCACGUGAACUGGCACGGGGGGCGUCCCAGAGACCCGUGCUGCGAUCGAACGUGUUUGGACAGGCUAAUACAAAAUGUAAAUAAACUAACCACGUCUCCAUGACACGAAGGACAAUACAAGGGUUAAAUAUGCUACCGUAAGUCUUUCAUACUGUAUGUGUUGACGGGGUUUACCUCAAUAUGAUUUCAAUGUGCUCAAGUCACAAGGUGCCUUAGUGUGUUCAAUGUCAGUAGGUGUACCAAAACAGUUUUAUUCUGAGUAUUUUAUUAUUAUUAUUAUUAUUAUUAUUAUUAUUAUUACUAAUUUUGUAUUCAUGUUGUAUCAUUUAAGUAGUCUUGAGUGUGUACUGUAUAUCCUAGCUGUUGUCUAAACAUUGUACUGUUGUAUUAAAGUUUAACCAUACUAAGGCUUAAGUGUGUUUUUGAUUUAAUGAAAUCAUCAGUCUAAGUCAUCAUUAUGCUGUAUACUGCAACUGCAUGUUUUAGGCAAUGUUAUUUCGUGGAUCUCUUUCUAUUUCUCACAAGUCACAAGAAAUGUAUUUUUACUUAAACUAUUAUCAAAUUCAGCAUUAAAUAUAAAUGCUAAAUUUGGAUUGAAUAUUUAAUAUGGUCUCUUCUGUCCUCAGAGUUUUCAUGUAUUUAUGUAUGUUUUAAACAAAUGUAAGUUUUAUUCAUGCAACUUUAGUCACAUACAAAAAAAGGAAUGGACAAAUGGCAAGACAAAGCCCACUUGAUGGUAAUUUAAUUGUACUCUUUGCUAUUUACUCCCCUUUGAAUUGAAUGUAUGAAAAUCAUUCCACAACAUUGAUAAUGAUGUUUGGGAUGGGGUUGUUCAAACUAUAGCAUAUGUUUUUUUUUCAAUAAAGUAUUAUAUUAUUGCUUA